CGUUGUCACAAUAUUCACACGUACCCCGCACCGGAGUAGCAAGCACAGGUCUAGUGCUGAGCGCUGCUGCACCAUGCUUUACGCCAAUAGGCUGAGUGCUCUGCUGUGGGUUAUAUUCCUUGGAUUCGGUCUUAUCGCGCUUGCAGAUGAAAAGCCGUGCACUUUGCAUCAUGAAGGCAAAUACUACGACCUAAAUCCGUUAAAGGCUAGUCAAGACUACGAGUUCAAGACUCCAGGCGGACACUCUUUCUACCUGAAUGUCUGUCGACGCAUGACCACCGAUCCCUGGAGCAUGGGCGUUCCUGACAAUGUUGACGUCGCCGGUAUCGUGCGGAAAGACCACCACGACUUUGCCGUAGGGCUUGUAAAUACAACUCUGGAAAUGAGGGAAAAAGGGCUAAUGUUACAUCUUUCCAAUGGUUCACCCUGCCCUGAGGAAGACAACAUAUACGGGAGCUCAUCCAUCAGAUUUCUUUGCGACGCAUCGGUCUAUGGAGCCGGAAAACCGGUGGUAAUAUCCCAGUUUCCGGAAGACGACAAUCAAGCCUGCCAAUACACGGUGGAGUGGCAAACGCAUUUUGCUUGUCCCACAGGCGAAAGGGGCCUUAUCUCAGGAAUAAUUGUGUCCUUAGUGAUAACCAUGAUGAUCCUUCUUAUGCUCUUGAUUGUUUCAAGCACACUAUACAACCGGUUUGUCCUGAGAAAACGUGGCUUUGAUCAAUUGGCUCGGCCUUCCAAAGCACACCUCCUUGAACUCGUGGACUUUUGCAUGGAGCUCUUCCGGUCCACAGUGGACAACGUUCGCUCGAGCGGUGAUAGAUGGGCAAGGUUGACCAGAGAUCUUAACCCCACAUCUCACCACUGGUCGUCAAGGGAUGAGGAGCAGGCUAUGAUGGUCGCUGAUCCCCUUGAAGAUGACCAUGAUCGGGAACUACAAGAUACCAAUGUAUGGAGAAACGAUGCGGUGGAUAGGUCGCAUGGUGCGGAUGAUUUGGGAUCUGUGCGAUCAUAACUGGACAUGUCAGUGCUCCGCAUCUCGCACCUUGAGGCAAAUUGUGAUAAAGACUACAAUUACGCUUAAGCGAACCCACAAUCCUGGUUUUCUAUGCCUGGAAAACAUAUGAAUUGCUGUCCAGAGAUGAUUGGUGUUUGCAGUCGAUUCCCCAAUAACUUAAACUGUUGCUGCCAAGAUCGUCAACUGAGCUCAUUGAGCAUCUCGAGCCAAGUAUCUCUUUUGAGCAAUUGUGACAAGAGCGUCUGAUAGAUACCCAUGCCCCC